AUGACCUUAGGAAACCACAGCACGAUAACUGAGUUCAUCCUCCUUGGACUGGCUGCUGACUCCCGCAUCCAAGUUCUACUCUUUGUGCUCUUCCUGGGGAUUUACCUCAUGACCAUGAUAGGGAACCUGAUGAUGCUGCUGGUAAUCAGAGUUGAUUCACAUCUCCAUUCACCCAUGUACAUCUUCCUAAAUCACCUGUCUUUUACUGAUCUUUGUUUAUCUUCAGUCACUGUGCCCAAGAUGCUGGAGAACCUUCUGUCUCAGAGGAAAUCAAUCUCAGUAGAGGGCUGCAUGGCUCAAGUCUUCUUUGUGUUUGCUACCAUAGGAACUGAAGCUUGUGUGCUCGCAGUGAUGGCCUAUGACCGUUAUGCUGCCAUCUGCCACCCCCUGAUCUAUGGACAGAUCAUGAGUGAACAGCUGUGUAGGGUUCUGGUGUGGGCCUCAUGGGGCCUGGGCUUUCUGGAUGCUCUUAUCAACACCCUCCUGGCUUGGAAUCUGGACUUCUGUGAGGUUCAUGCCAUGCCUCACUUUAGCUGUGAGCUGCCCUCUCUCUUCCCUCUAUCCUGCUCCAAUGUCUCCAUCAACUUUGCAGUCAUGAUAUGCUCUGCCAUUCUGCAUGCCCUGGGAACCCUACUCUUGAUCUUCUUCUCUUAUGCUCACAUCAUUGCCACCAUCCUGAGCAUCAGCUCCACCACAGGCAGAAGCAAGGCCUUCUCCACCUGCUCCUCCCACCUCACUGCAGUGAGUUUCUUCUAUGGAUCUGCUAUUCUUCGCUAUCUCAUGCCAACUUUAAGUUCCUCAUUAGAAUUGUUUUUUUCCAUGCAGUACAGCGUGGUGACUCCCCUAGUGAAUCCCCUUGUCUACAGCCUGAAGAACAAGGAAGUAAAAGCAGCUCUGAAAAGAAUGUUCCAAAAAGAUUUUCAACAGAUAGCAGAAAACAGGCAGAGGAUGGAUGGAAAAAGUGACAGAAUUGCAUCAAAAUAG